UGCAUCUUUAUUCCAUUAUUAACCUGUUAUUCUAAAACAGAUUUUUAUUUUAUUUUCAAGACAAGAACAUAAUACAUCUGCAAUGGGGCCCCUUCUGGCCUGAACAGGCAGUCUGUGCCUUUUAGGUGACGUCGGGUUCUGUAACCUGAGUCGGAGUGAAAACUCCUCGCUGUAUCCGGCUGCCAGUCCAGAUGCAGCUCACCAAAGAGGCUGAGGAGGCUGCAUGAUGGAUCCCAUCCCACUGCUGCUCAUCACACUGCUGCCGCUCUGCUCGGCGGUGUACACCGGGCCCCUGCAGCCGGAGAUCUCCAACGGCACCUUCCAUCACUUCUUUGUCCCGGACGGAGACUAUGAGGAGACGGUGGAUCCGGAGCAGUGCCAGAUGCUCUUCAAGUUCUCCGACGUCCAUCCGUGCGGGCACUCGGAGGAGGGGAGCGACGCCGCGGUGCGGGACGACUUCGUCAUCACCAAGCUGCAGGCGGAGGACGCGGCGCGGCUGCUGGAGAGCAUCGGGCGCGCCGUGGCGCACGACCUGGACGGAGAGGACAGCUACGGGAAGCUCCUCCAGCGGGAGAUCUCACAGAUCGGAGAGGCCUUCUCCAGCGUGGACAAGUCUCUGCUGGAGCUGGAGGUUAAGUUCACGCAGAGCCAGGAGACGGAGCUGAGAGAGGAGCAGCAGCUGAACGGAUACGUGGUGCAACAAGUGAGCGAAGUCAGAGGCGCGCUGAGAGAAACCACCGACAUCUCCCUGGGACUCCGAGACAGACAUGAACUUCUGUCCCUCAUCAUCCGCAGUCAUGGAAGCAGACUGAGCCGCCUGAAGACAGAGUUCUUAAAUGUGGACUCAUAAAUAUAUUAUUUGUUUAAUAUUUUGACCUUUAGUGGCUCCACCUUGGAGCUGGAACAAAAUAUCAGCACAAGUUCAUAAAUUAUAGCUUCCAAGAAGGGAUUUCAUUCAAAAGACUCCAAACCAAAUACAAUGUUUUAUGUUUUUUUUGGCUGGCUUCCAAAAAACUUCCAUUCUGUAUGUUUAAUGAUGUUGUUUACAUCUCACCUAAUAAAUAUGCUUCAUAAUUUUUCCAUUUUCUUUAAUUCCAAAUGCGUUUGUUCCCGCAGGUCAGACAGAAUCGGCCCUCAGCUGAGACCUGGGGGCAUCUGUUGUGUGUCUCUCCCAUCUGGAAGUCAUCUGUGAGCCACUGUCACCAUUAUCUUUAUCCGUCACAGCCUGCAGAGCUGGAUCUGAUUGAGCUCUUACUGCAGCAUAAACAGUCCACCUUGCUUUGUUCUUUAUCUAAAUGUCUGUCUUUUGGUUGGGCCAAACCUUUUAUGUACGAAAAACUUUGUUUUCUCAAAGUAUUUUCAAAAAACAUAGCAUGCACUGUCUUGUUUUGUGAGAUCAAGUGUGCAAAUUUGAGGGUUUCUACGGGCACAACUGGGUGUGAUUUCCUCUGUCUGGUUUUCCUCACAGUCCAGCUUCCCCUGAAGGACCCCCCCUCCUCCUCCUCCUUCUCCUUUUUAAAACAGCUUUCUGCGUUUCAGCACAGGACAGACCAGCCACGUCAAAAACCCAACGCCGCAGGAGCUCUCAGGAAACCCUAUAUGUCUGUGCGGCUCCUACUUUCCAGGGGCACAGCACGGGGCUCAACAGAUUUAAUUAAAAGAUCUGCUGAAAAUUUCCGCUGUGAAAGAAGUAAAAGCUGAGCGGGUCGCACAGUUCCUCACUCUUUUUUUUUUUUGAAAAUAUCUGUUCAGAAAUCAGAAAA